AAUAUCUUCACACUUCGAGAACUCUGCAAGAACUGAACUUCCGCCAAUCUAACGGUCAGGGCUUUUGGGAAUCGUACAGAAUGGGUGAAAAUUCAGAGUAUGAAGAACUGUAUUAUCGCCUGGCUUAUGAUGCCAGCUAUCCCAACGACACUGACGUGUACAAUUACACAUACCCAGAGGGUGCCUUAUGCGAUGGAGAAAGCGCCUACUUUAAAAGUAUCUUCUUACCGUGCGUUUACUCGCUAGUGUUUGUCCUGGGGGUGGUGGGCAAUGGCCUGGUGGUGGUCAUCAUGGGCUACCAUGGAAGAGUGCGCACCAUGACGGACAAAUACAGGCUGCACUUGUCGGUGGCGGAUUUGCUCUUUGUCUUGACCCUCCCGUUCUGGUCUAUCGAUGCGAGUCACAACUGGUACUUUGGAGACGCGGCGUGCAAAAUCGUGCACAUCAUCUACACCGUCAAUUUGUACAGCAGCGUGCUGAUUCUCGCCUUCAUCAGCUUGGACCGCUACUAUGCGGUGGUGCACGCAACCAACAGCGCGGGACCGCGGAAACUGCUGGCUGAUCGGUUAGUGUAUGUGGGAGUCUGGUUACCGGCCAUUCUGCUCACUGUGCCCGACAUGGUGUUUGCUAAAACCAGAAAUCUCGCCGAGCGGGUGGUGUGUGAGCGCAUUUACCCCGAAGACACGUACCAGUUCUGGAUGGUGACUUUCCGAAUCCAAGGCAUCGCGGUGGGCUUCAUCCUGCCCGCUCUGGUCAUCCUCAUCUGUUACUGUGUCAUCAUCUCCCGGCUGUCCCGUUCCACCGGCUUGCAGAAGCGCAAAGCCCUGAAAAUCACCAUCAUCCUGAUCGUCACCUUCUUCUGCUGUUGGCUGCCCUAUUACAUCGUCAUCUCCAUUGACACGGUGAUGCUCAUGAAAGGCAGCGCCUAUUCCUGCGACCUCGAGCAGAUUGUGAUCACCUCGAUGGGCAUCACUGAAGCCAUUGCCUUCUUCCACUGUUGCCUCAAUCCCAUACUGUACGCUUUUGUUGGGGUUAACUUCAAAACUUACACUCGAAGAGUUUUCAGCCUCUCUGACACCAGAUGCUCCUCUCUUAAGAAACUCAAAAGCAAAGACAGGCGAGGAGCCCAUCCGUCAGUUUCUACCGAGUCUGAGUCUUCCAGUCUUCAGUCAACUUGCUAACUUAUUCCCCACUCCACUUUUGUAUAAAAUCUGCAUUAAUACAUAUCAAUGUUUUCACUACUGUGUCCAAUUCUAAAUGUUGUUUAAUGUUGCGUUUGCUAUUUAUAUAAUGAGUUAUUUAUGUCUCCAAAUCUUUGUCACCUUAUAAAUAUUAUUGUGUACUCGGUUCUGUAAAUGGUUGUAAAGCUCAGAGAAAACAGUGGCAGGGAAAUGCAUGUAACUAGGCUUCAUUUAGUUUUUGAGAGGACAUUCCUUUGUCAUUUGCAAUGAUGUAAAUAAAGUGUGUGUAUGAAGAACAAAUAAUAUUUACUUCGCAUAUAACUGGCUUUUGCUUGUAUCAGUUUCCUAGAAAAGAAUUUACAA